AUGUUCUUUUGGAAGACAGGGCGGGAAACUGCGACUGAACCCGCAGCUGGGCACCCGCCUCCGCUCAUCGUCGUGAAGCCAGCCGAGCUCAAGGUUUUGGCGAGGAUCGGGAAGGGGAGCUUUGGUGAGGUCUUUAAAGCUCGCUGGCAAGACGUUCAUAUCGUUGCGGUUAAGGUACUCCACGUUUCUGGUAAAUCGAAGGCUGAACGCGAGCACCUGCUAAAGCAGUUUCAGAAGGAAGUGCGACUGCUCUCGACGUUGCACCAUCCAAAUAUUGUCCGUUUUCUGGGCGUUUCUGACGUAUCCGUUCUUCCACCAUAUUUCAUCUGCGAGUACUUGAACCGAGGAACGCUCACAAACUGGAUUCGGAAGGCGGAACCGCACCUGCAGCAAGACCUGGCGUUUGCGAGAGACGCUGCACGUGCUCUUGCAUUUCUACACGCCCAGAAACCACCAAUCAUCCACCGCGAUGUGAAGAGUGACAAUUUCCUUCUCGCCGACCGGGAUAAUGGUCUUGUAUUAAAGCUCUCUGAUUUCGGUCUCAGCCGGGUGAUGGCGUCGCUCGGUGAGAAGAUGACGCCAUGUGGAACGAUUGCGUACAGUGCACCUGAGGUUAUUCGAUGUGAGGCCUACAGCGAAAAGGCCGAUGUUUACGGUUUCGGCAUCGUACUGUGGCAAUUGAUGACACAUCAGAUCGAACCGUACCCGGGGUGUACCCCUCUACAGAUCCAGCUCAAGGUUUCGUUGCAGAGGGCGCGUCCGCAGAUACCGCACCGCUUCGUGGACCUGCGUAUCCCUCGACUGAUGCAUCUGUGCUGGCGAGAACAGCCGGACGCACGACCGAGCAUGGCGGGGAUCGCUCAGCUACUCGAGCGACUCUGUGCUGACCUAGUUGACCCCAAUGGUCAUCAUCGGCGGCAGUUGCAUGGGGUCCGCUUUCCGCAUGGAGGGUCGCGGCCACCAGUUGAAGAGCGACAUCACAUGUAA